AGAGCAAGGGGGCUCUGGUGACCAGGUAAUGAUUGGAUGGGCCCACAGGGGCCAGGAGGAGGUCACUCCUCCAAGACUCAAGGAGAGAGAGGUGGUGUGGGAAAAUAGGCAGCUGAAAGAAGAGAGAGGAGCAUCCUGGUGGAAAGAAGAUCGGGAGAGAGAAAAAUAGAGAAUCAGAUGAAGGAGAGAGAGAAAAAGAGAGAGAGAUGUGGGGAAUGAGAAUAAGUGAGUGAAGAGACAUCUCUCUAUAUACCUAUAUCUUUACACACACGCUCGCACACACACAGAUCAGAGAUUGUACAGCAAAAGGAGGAGAGAGAUCACGGGCAUAGAAGGGAUCAACAGAAACAGAAAGACUAGAAUCAAAGACUCAGGGACACAGGAGGCUGGACUGUCUUUGGUGUUGGUGGCUAAUCAUGGAAGCUGAAGGGAGGAGCCAGCAGGGGAAGCAAAGGAAGGGGCGAAUUUGCAGCACCCUCUUGCCUGAGAGAUACCCAGCUGCAGGGACUCUGACCUCCUCCACAGUGGACAUGAGCACUCAGCCCUAUAGGAGGCUCUCUGCCGUAGGAGUGGGGAGACCGAGACAUUCUCCACAAGAAGGACAGAGGGGUCACUUGCACUCCCGGCGCCGCCACCGUACCACCUUCAGCCCAGCACAGUUGGAGCAGCUGGAAUCAGCCUUUGGGAGGAAUCAGUACCCAGACAUCUGGGCCCGAGAGGGUCUCGCACGGAACACGGGCCUCAGUGAGGCCAGAAUACAGGUCUGGUUCCAGAACCGCAGAGCUAAGCAACGGAAGCAAGAAAGAUCAUUGCUCCAGCCACUGGCCCAUCUCUCGUCUGCCACCUUCUCUGGAUUCUUGCCAGAGUCCCCUGCUUGCCCCUAUUCCUACACAACACCACCUCCAACAGUAACCUGCUUCCCUCACCCCUAUAACCAUGCCCUUCCCUCACAGCCCUCCACCGGUGGUUCAUUUGCUCUACCCCACCAGUCUGAGGACUGGUAUUCCACUUUGCACCCAACAGCCACUGGUCAUCUGCCCUGUCCCCCACCUCCAUCUGUACUCCCUCUCAGCCUUGAGCCGCCAAAGUCCUGGAACUAGGGUCAAACUAGUAAAUAAGGUCAUCUCUAGCCUAUGGCCCUCAUAAAACAGAGAAAUUUGGGUGGCUUCUUUCCCUUCUAAGGGUGAUACAAAUCUGUGUAUUUGUAUAUGUAUAUGAUAAGGGGCAGCUCAGAGUUUGGAAACUUUUUAAAUGUGAAAUAUUUCUGGGCAUGGUGGAGCACACCUGUAAUCCCAGUGAU